UAAGGGCAUGCGCAGUAGAGACGACUAAAACGGACGGAAUUCAAAGUUUCUGACGAGCCCCUAAAGAUGUUCGGAUUUCACAAAUCCAAGAUUUACCGCAGCAACGACGGCUGCUGUAUCUGCAAAACCAAGUCGUCCAGUUCUCGGUUCACUGACAGCAGCAGAUAUGAGGAGAACUUCAGACUCUGCUUCGGUCUGGCAGAGGAUCGUGUCGGAGACAUCUGCAAUGCUUGUGUGCUCUUGGUAAAACGCUGGAAGAAGUUACCGCAUGGAUCAAAGAAGAACUGGAACCAUGUGGUAGACGCAAGAGCAGGACCUGGCUUCAAGCUGACCAAACCCAAGAAAGUGAAAAACAUUGAUGGAAAGAAGAAAAGUAAGCUGAAAAAGCUUCAUAAAUUCAAAAGACAAAAUUCCGAUGCCCACAGCACCACAUCCAGUAUGUCUCCCUCUCAGUCUCCCAGUCACAGUAAUCAAUCUGAUGACGGCUCCGACAUUGAGACCAAACAGAGACGUCCAACCCCAUCUGGCUUCUCUUUCCUCGACCUGUCCUACUGGAAGAGGCAAAAGGUGUGCUGUGGGAUCGUCUACAAGGGCCGUUUCGGUGAGGUGAUCAUCGAUCCACGUCUCUUCAAGCCCUGCUGUAACAAAAAGCGUCCCGCUCUGCCAACCUCCUCAGUCUCUCAGACGCUUCCAGAAGACCUGAAGGAGGCCUGGUGAUCCGUCUCGUUGAGGCCCUCAUAGCUUUUUUUGUCUCCAGUGGUAGACUCCGAUAUCUCCCCUAUGUUAGAUGACUUGUGUAUGAGUUCAGCUCCCCCCUCCCCACCUUGCUUUUGUAUUUUUUUAUGAAUUUUUGUACAAUUUUUGUAUCUUUUUUUAUAUAAUGGAAAAAAGGAGAAUAAUUUGGGCAUUAGGACAUAUUUAUAGGUCUCAGUUAGGACAAUUAAAUGUAAUCCUUUUUUGUCAUUACUGUAAAAUAUGUAUUUUUUUCAUUUGUUUUUGGAGUUACCAGUGUUUCUGUAAAUAUAAUCUUAUUUUCCAUACCAGUGCACCAAAAGACUUCUAUUUGGCAUUUAGUUUCACGGGUUACAGAUGAAUGAUGUGUAAAAAAAAAAGUGCUGUAUCUAACAUAGCCAAGGCAUUAAUGAGAUGGGUGUACUUUUAAAACAAAUACAAUAUUUUACUCCGUUUUGCAGUCUGAUUGAACUGUUGUCUAUCAUCAUCAUCAUCAUCACCUCACACAUACAUUUACUGAUAUGAAUUCUUUGACUUGGGCACAAUAUUCACAAUGUGAAUUCACCUCAGCUUUGGGUCCGUAAUAUGGACACAUGCUUACGAAAUCUCUUUUUCUGGUUUGGCAUAAAAGAUGUUUGUCAAUGUUUAAAAGAAACGGUUACGGGUCUGUAAAUCUUUAAAAUAACAAAGCUACAUUAUCUCAGAGUAUUUAAACGGUUAUCAUUAUACACAAUGGCUUAUGAAAGCAUGCAUAAUGUAUUUGUUGGCAUGAUCAGUUUUCUGACUGUUGGUGGUGUUUGUGUUUUACUUUGUUGUUGAAUGAGUGUUAUAAUAUCGCGUAAUAACAGCCAAUACUGAAUUUCCGACCAGGCUUUACACUGUGUUUUUUUUUUACCACAUUUUUAUUUUUGUGUUUUAAUAUUGUACACUAAAGGUAUAAUCCAAGAUGAAUUUGUACAGUCUUUCAGCCUUGAUGUAUUGACUGCAACCUUUUAUGUGUUCUUUUGUCUUUGGAUUGAUAUGUUUUAUAUGACAAAAUAGCCUUUUGUUUGAAGAAGCGAAAACAAAUAAUGGUGUUUGGCAGGACUGGAGUUUUAAUUGGAUUAGAAGGUUAACAUUUUUUUGUUUGUAUUUCAGUGUAUUAUUUGAAUGAAUGUUUGUUUUUAUUCACCAGCAAUACUUUGAGUCCGCUUUACUGUCGACUCAACGCUCUUGUUGUUAAAAUGCAUGAGGGCAAAUAGAAGAUGUCGAAAAAAUUUCAGGGAAAAUGUUUUUUAACUAUUAAUAACGGCACAUGCUCAGUCGGUGUGCCUUACCAGAGAUUUAGCUGGUCAUUUCAUUGCGGUAAUUUGUCAUUUUUAACUUAUGCUAUUUAUUCAAAGCUGUCUGUACUAUUAAUGCUGUAAAGAAGUUUUUGUGCACUUUCUUUUUUUUAUACGUUUCUUUUUUUUGUAAUAUUACCAUUGAUCAAAUUUUGUAUCGCAAUUUUCCUCACGUUGGUAUUUUCAUAAAAUUUUUUA